AUGAAUUUACUUAAAACAGCUGCUGGUAAUGCUUCCAACUCAGUCAUACCAAAAUUAAAAUAUCCACUUAUAUUUUCCCAUGGUUUGUUUGGCUUUUCAAGUUUUCUUUUCCUUCAUUACUUUAAUAAUAUCGUUCAGCCAAUUAAGAGACAUACCAUUGCCGAAACCACUGUAGUUCAUCCCACCGAUUCAAUUAAGAAUAGAGCAGAAUCCAUGUAUUCUCAAAUUCAAGAAAUUAUGAAGAGACACAAUACCGAUAAGGUCCAUAUUAUUGCCCACAGUAUGGGUGGCUUGGAUGCAAGAUAUUUAAUUAACAAACUUGAUCAAGGUAGAAAUGUUUUAUCAUUGACAACACUUUCAACACCACACAGGGGGAGCUAUAUUGCAGAAUGGUCAAUUUUAAAUAUAACACAAAAACUUUAUAUAGAACAUCUCUUUAAGACCAUAGGUAUUCCAUUGGAGGCAUUGGAUAAUUUAACACCAGAGUUCCUUAAUAAUGAUUUUAAUAAAACCAUUUUGGACCAACCUCAUGUUCAAUAUACCAGCUAUGGUGCCUAUAAAGACUCAAUACAAAACUUUUUCACUCCAAUGCGUUAUUUCCACAAACUCCUAUUGGAAAAAGAAGGUAAAAAUGAUGGUUUGGUCAGUUUAAACUCCUCCAAAUGGGGUGAAUCCUUCAAAGUUAUUCACAAUUGCGAUCACAGGGACUUAAUUAAUUUAGGAUUUUCCGGUUAUAAUGCUUUCCCAAUUUAUGAAAAUAUUUGUAAAGAUAUUUACGACUUGGAACAACAAUUAUCAAUUAAAGAAAGAACAACAAAUUUACCACAUUCAACCUUUACUUUAAAUAACAAUUUUGACAAUACCUUUAAUAAUAAACAAUAA